GCAGCAAAGAGUGUACAACAGGCAGCAAUUGUGGGAUACAUUCCUCACUCAAAACGUCUCUCUGUAUGCGUAAAACGCCGCUGGAAUAGUUUUCGGUAUCAUAUUCUGGAUGCAUGCGACGUUGACCUUCAUAUGUAGAUUUUCGGUCAUGUAUUUGUAGUGUACAUUAUGUGCAUAUGGAGAAUAUUUUUUAUCUCUUCCGUAUUUCUGGCUGUCUAGGUUUGGAGUCUACAGAGAAGGGAACUGUCGCCACUUUUUGACCAACGUUUCGAAUAUUUUAUUUUGAGAGCACAAUUGGGAACAUUUGGAAUUUCUGACGCGGUUUAUAUUUGACUUUUCACGGUUUCAGCCUAGUUGGGUGAAGGGGCCGUUUUUCAAUCCACACACAUCGCACCCUUUCCAGUGUUUCGUUUUGCACCGUUCAAUUGUAGGCGGCUAUCCUAAAAACUUGACCAGAACAUUUUCUCAGAAAUACACGUUUCGUUUGAUCUGAUGUAUUGUGCGAUGCAGUGCAUAUCUACAAUUAUGAUGUAUUAUUCUUAAAAACUAGGAUUUUGGAGGUCAUCAGUGGCAAUCAUAAUGGCAAACGACGACAACCGCUUUAUAGUGGAAAAGUACAUUUGUCACAAACUCUUGAAACGAGGAUAUGCGUGGGAUUUCGAGGAUGCCGAGGAGGAGGAAGGUGCUGCUUAUAAUGGGUCGAUGAUUUCUCCUCGGCCGGGUUUGGCACGGCGGUGCCACGGGGCCAAUAACGCCGGACAGGGCAGCGUCCCUCGUCUUUCCAAAUGGCUCUCCCAACCGGACCCGCAUGCAGCUAUUCACAGAGUUUUGCGUGAGGCCGGGGACGAACUCGAAAGACUGUACCAGCCCGACUUCGCAGAGAUGUCACACCAGCUGUAUCUCACAUCCUCCACGGCUGAGAGGAGAUUUAGAGAGGUGAUAGACGAGCUGUUCAGGGAUGGGGUUAACUGGGGACGGAUUAUCGCCUUCUUCGAGUUCGGGGGCACAAUAUGCGUGGAAUGCGUGAACAAGGAGAUGACGUCGCAGGUGGAUCACAUCGCGGUGUGGAUGACAGAGUAUCUAAAUGGACCACUGCUCAGCUGGAUUCAGGAGAACGGGGGAUGGGAGGCCUUUGUUGAGCUCUAUGACAGACAGAGGGACUCUGUGUUCUGUUCGUGGCCGUCCAUCAAGACCGUCUUCGGCCUGGCUGCACUGGGGGCCGCAAGCCUUACCAUCGGAGCAUACCUUACACAGAAGUGAAGGAGUUCUCCUUUUCUCGCCCUCUUUUUUUUGUCCUCCCUCCCUCUCUUGCUACUUUCUCUUUUCAAAGGCCGCCCUGCCCCCUCCGAGAUGAUCCCGAAUCCCCAACAUGCAUGUCUUCAAAGCCUCUCUCUCUCUCUCUCUUUCUCUCCCUGUUCUCGAAAAAACUCCCUCUUUCUUAACCCUCACUUCAUAAAACCAAGGCGCAAAUCAAACAACAGCAGGAAACAGAGUCACUGCCCACACAGAAGAAAAGAUGUAAUGAAAGCCGCGCGGUUUAACUGUAAUCACAGAACGUUUGGAGAGACAACUGAGGGCUUGACAAGAGAGGAGAGGAGGGGCGGGUUGGCAUGUGUCCUUUUUGUUCGGCCUGCUUCAGUACUAGUUGUAGCAUGAAACCUUUGUGUGCUCGUGUAGAUUUGUGUAGCAUGUGUCGGUGUGGCAAAAGAAAGCAGAUACUGCACCUGAGGCCUCCCUUGAAGGAUUUACUAAUGGGAGUGCAAGGACAUUGAUGAUUCAACCGCUUGCACCAAGGUGAUGGCCCCGACCCUGGUUGUUAGGGCGAGGACCCCUUUUUGAACUGUGUGCACUCGGUGUACCCCCUUCAACCCACCUUCAAAGGACUUCCUCCACACAACAGCAGCUCUGAAUGUAUAAUGGAAGGAGUUCGCCACUAACCAGAACGGUGUGUCUGUCCACCCACCGGUUCUACAGUGCAAUAUAACAGGAGCAUCACUCAACUCUGACCACAUAGCAUCGUUAUACAUACAUGUAUAGAUACAAGGUCUCAUCAGAACGUCAUCUAGGUGCCACAGAUGCAGCUUGCUCUGCAGAGAUCUGAGAGAGAGCUGUUGGACUGUGCAAUAGAGCCUCUUUUUUGCAUUUGACCCAUAUGAAAUGUAAUAAGAGAGGAUAGAGGGAGGCAUUGAAGAGAGGAUAGAGGGAGGCAUUGAAAGAGUGAAAAGCAGGUUAGUUAGAGCUUUUGGCAGCCCAAACCCAUGUUUUAUCAAUCAAAUCAAUCAAUCAAAUGUAUUUAUAAAGCCCUUUUUACAUCAGCCGAUGUCACAAAGUGCUUGUACAGAAACCCAGCUU